AUGGCAUACACAUAUUUUACAAACACUUCGUAUCCCGGUAUUACGCCUGUGCAUGUGUUCGGCAACCGGAGCCUCCAUUUGGUCAGCCCACAGGAAUUGAAGGCCUGGUUCGCACUAACCACGGCAUUCGGUAUUGUUGGCGCGGUGUUGACCUUACUCUUAUUCAUGAUCAUGGUCAUCUUAAACAAAUUUCGCACCGGUUCCGGCAUUAUGAUCUCCCAUUCCCAGCUAAUUGACUUUAUCAUCUGUAGUAUUCUAAAUCCGGUACAGAACGUUACAAUUCUCCAAAUCCAAAGUGGCCGAUACACGCUCAUCGACUGUCGUUUCGUGCAGUUUACACAAAUACUUUUUGUUUUUGUGGGCAAUUGGUCCGCAGUGCUGUUAGCCGGUAACCGGUUUGUCGCCAUCGUCUUACCGCUGCAUUAUGGAAAGGUCACGACCAGAUGGGCCCUGGCGCUGGGUAUCACUACUGCAUGGAUAAUCUCGUUAGCCUGCAGUGUCCCGAUGUAUUUCAAUGUGGGCGUGGUGCUGGGAAUGCAGCCGACCGGAGCUUGUGGGACCGUGCAAAUUAGUGGACACUUUUUUCAAAGUGUUGGGAUUGUGUCUACGUAUUUUCCCAUUGCGCUUCUGGGUGCAAUGUACAUGACGGUGUUUUUACAACAGAAAUUGUGCAAGCGAGAGGCGAAGCGUCAACGGGAAGCAAUGCGAAAGCGCGUUGCCUUGGCCAAAGCGUUAUGUUGCUCCUUUUUAUGGUACUGCCUGUGCAUGUUGCCGGCGCCGGUCCUUAUUAACUUUUUCCCGGAUGUCUGGCGGCAUGAGUUCCGUUUACUGAUGUGGACACGAACGCUUCUAAUUAUCGGAUAUGCUGCCAACCCGAGAUUGCUGUACACGUGA